GCUACAACCGCCCGCCCAAUAGAGAGGUAAGGACACGGAUCAGGGGAUCACCUGCGCACGUCAGGCGCCUACACCCAACAUAACCUCUUAAUUACCUAGGUACCUAAUACCUAUGUAGGUACCACCAGUCGUGUCGAUAGACGUAACAGAAUCGAGACCUCUCGUCAAGUUGCGUCAUGGCCCCUGCCAACGCCAUCGAUAAGGACCUGUCGCCUGAAGCUUGACGCGGUGGCCCAUGAAGAUGCAACUAACCGAGCUAUAUGUAUCUACCCAUCUGCCCGUCCGCCACGCGCCCCGCCGAUAACUUCGCCAACAACCGUACAUCAUCGAACCGGAAAUAGGGGGCGAUACUGACAACCACGACACCAAGCGAUCGACUACACACCGCGAAUUCGCCCUCGGGAGUUGCGCGGCGCACCCGGCCCUACCAGAUUCCGCGGCGGAAGUGCUAAGGAGGCGGGGGGAGAAGAAGAAGAAGCAGCGUCUCGGGUUUCCACGUCGUUCGAUCCGAGACCGCAGCGGACGAACGAUGCGCGCUUUGCGUCUCGGCACCACCACCGCCAGUUCUACCUCUACCUCCGCCCACACCACCCCAUCAUCUCACGCGAGCCCGACACGGCCGCCAUGGGCAACACGUCGAGCCGAGUGACGGCGCAGGACAAGGCCAUCCUCGACCUGAAGCUGCAGCGCGACAAGCUGCACCAGUACCAGCGGCGGAUCUCGGUGCUGACGGAGCGCGAGACGGCGGCGGCGCGGCAGCUGCUCGCGGCGGGCGACCGGCGCCGCGCCCUGCUCGCCCUGCGCCGCAAGAAGUACCAGGAGUCGCUGCUGGCCAAGACGGACGACCAGCUCGCCCAGCUCGAGCAGCUCACCCGCUCCGUCGAGUUCGCCCUCAUCCAGAAGGACGUCCUCUUCGGCCUCCGCCAGGGCACCCGCGUCCUCCGCGAGAUCCACGCCGAGAUGGGCGGCCUCGACCACGUCGAGAAGCUCAUGGGCGAGACCGCCGACGCCAUCGCCUACCAGAAGGAGGUCAGCGAGAUGCUCGGCGGCCGCAUGACGAACCAGGACGAGGACGAGGUCGAGGACGAGCUCGCCGCGCUCGAGCAGGAGGUUAACGGCCCCGCUGCCGCCGCCGCCGCCGACGCCCUGCCCAGCGUGCCCGACACCAAGCUCCCCGAGCCGCGGGCUGCGGAGCAGCAGCGGCAGCGCCAGGAGCCGGAACCAGAGAGGACGGCCGUGCUCGCGUCGUGAGAGGACAGAAAAGGAAACCACGCCCACUGGUAUGGCAUCGUAGACGAUGCUUUCGCACGGCCGCGGAAUGCGUGCAGGAGGCCCCGCGCCGAGGCCCGGGCCCAGGAGGCGAGAGGCGGGGAGCGCGAGAGAACGGGAUGACGGGUGAGGCCGAGGUAACAGUUGAGAGACGACAGAGCAGGACGAACGACUGACGGGACCCACCGCGAGCAACCAUCCCGCGCCAUCGAAUCCGUCGGUCGUCGCGAGAGUAUCCGCCUACCCGCCGACGUACACACCUACCCAGCCGGGUCGGUUCUACCAGUACGCGUGCCCGCGAGCGGAGCCUUCGGGAAUCCCAGAGCGGGCGGCUGAGAGGGCAGAGAGGCACACGGGGUGGGGAGGAGGCCCGGGGGAGACCACAUGCACCAGGGCGCGGCCCGGACCGUAGCAGCCAGUAGUACGUACGCAUGCGCGCGUAUUCGCGAGAGAUGCCAGAGCCAUCUUGGGGUGGGGAGGGUGUGCGGCGA